AUGGCUACUGAUGAAGCAAAUUCUAUAGGCAUGGAGGUAGAAGAGAUAACAAAUUGUAAUGAAACAAUAGAGACAAGCGUCAAAGAGAGAAAUACAUCGUUUCCGAAGCUUCGCCGUUGCCGUUUAAACUCACUCAAUGUGGAAGCCGGAAAAGUUUCCGGCAUCACUGAUCACUCCUCUAAGUUGAGUUGGAUGGCAACUUUAUCAUUAGCAUUUCAAAGCUUGGGAGUUGUAUAUGGUGAUAUUGGAACAUCUCCACUUUAUGUGUUUGCAAGCUCAUUCACAAAUGGGACUAUUGAUCAUAGUGAUGACAUUCUUGGGGUCUUAUCUAUCAUAUAUUAUACCAUUUUGGUCUUCCCAUUGCUCAAAUAUUGUUUUAUUGUACUUUUGGCUAACGACAAUGGCAAUGGUGGGGCAUUUGCACUAUAUUCACUACUAUGUAGACAUGCCAAAGUGAGUUUGAUUCCAAAUCAACAACCAGAAGACAUGCAGCUUUCUAAUUACAAACUAGAAACACUUUCUAGUAAUCAAAAGUUGAAGCAAAAGCUUGAAAACAAUUAUUUUGCACGUGUGCUUUUUUUAUUUAUGACUAUUUUGGGAACUACUAUGGUUAUAGGAGAUGGAUUUUUCACUCCACCAAUGUCAGUUAUUUCUGCGGUAAGCGGUAUCAGUUCUAAAUUAGGUCAAGAUUAUGUUGUCGGUAUCACUAUAGUGAUAUUGGUCUCUCUUUUUAUGGUGCAAAGAUUUGGUACUGAUAAAGUAGGAUUUUCAUUCGCUCCAAUUAUAACCAUAUGGUUUAUAUUAAUUGGAGGAACUGGUCUUUACAACUUGUUCAAAUAUGAUGUUGGGGUAUUACGUGCUAUUAAUCCAAAAUAUAUUGUUAAUUACUUUCAACGUGAUGGUAAAAAAGCAUGGAUGUCACUUGGUGGAAUAUUUUUAUGCAUCUCAGGAUGUGAAGCCAUGUUUGCUGACUUGGGUCACUUCAGUGUUCGAGCCAUUCAAAUUAGUUUCUCUUUUAUUACACUUCCGGCAAUAUUGGCAGCAUAUAGUGGACAAGCAGCAUAUCUUCGAAAGUUCCCUAACACUGUAUCAAAUAUUUUUUAUGCAUGUAUACCAGGUCCUUUGUAUUGGCCAACAUUUGUUAUUGCUGUUAUUGCCUCCAUCAUAGCAAGUCAAGCAAUAGUUUCAGGAGCAUUUUCCAUUGCAUCUCAAGCUUUAAGUAUGGGUUGUUUUCCAAGGGUUAAGGUUGUUCAUACUUCCGCUACACAUGAAGGCCAAGUUUAUAUUCCUGCAAUCAACUAUAUGUUCAUGUUUGCAUGUAUUGCAGUUACUAUACUCUUCAGAACCUCGGAAAAGCUUAGUAAUGCAUAUGGGGUUGCAAUAGUUUGUGAUAUGACGAUCACAACAUUUUUGGUUUCCAUUGUAAUGUUGAUUGUAUGGAAGAAAAGCAUAUGGCAAGUAGCUCUAUUUUCUAUACCAUUUGGUUGCAUUGAGUUAUUGUAUUUAUCAUCACAAAUGGUAAAGUUCAAAGAAGGUGGUUUUCUUCCUCUAGUAUCUGCAAUCAUCUUCACUAUUGUAAUGGGAAUAUGGUUUUAUGCACAAAAAGAAAAAUACAUGUUUGAACUCAACAACAAAGUUUCCUCUGAGAGUUUAAUAAAAUUGGUGAAUGACCUAAGCACGAAUCGCAUCCAUGGAUUCGGAGUUUUAUAUUCUGAGCUUGUACAAGGAAUUCCUCCAAUAUUCGCUCACUUCAUUGCUAACAUACCAACAAUUCAUUCAGUUGUUGUGUUUGUUUCCAUGAAAGCAAUUCCAAUUAGCAAUGUUGUAUUGGAAGAGAGGUUUCUCUUUCGAUGCGUGGAGCCAAAAGAAUGCAAAAUAUUCCGUUGCAUUGUAAGACAUGGUUACAAUGAUGUAAUUGGAAAUUAUAUGGAGUUUGAGUCACAAUUGGUGCAAUAUCUAAAGGAAUUUAUUAUACAAGAAAGUAAUUAUAUGCCCGAGCUUGAUUCAAUUCAAUCACCAGGUGUGGUUGAAGGAAUUGAAAAUGAGAUAAAGUUUAUAGAUGAGGCAUUGGGGAAAGGUGUGGUGUAUAUGUUAGGGGAAAUAGACGUAGUGGCAAAUCCAAAAUCAUCAAUUUUGAAUAAGAUUAUUGUCAAUACAUAUACCUUUUUGAGAAGGAACUUUCAACAAAGGGAUGAGUUGAUGGCUAUCCCUCGUAGAAAGCUUCUCAAGGUUGGAAUGACAUAUGAAAUAUGA